AUGAAACAUUCACAGCAAGCAGCAUAUUGUGCUGUUAUGCUCCUCAGCUUAAUAGUUAUAGGGUUUGUUGGGACCGUGAGGGGAGCCUACAGCAUACCCGAUGAACUCAUCGACUGUUAUCGAGGUAAUGGUACGCAGCCCGGCCCUCCACAGACCGUGCAGUAUCUGCUGGAACUGAUACGCAAGAUAGAGCGGCACAAUCCGACCACGCUGGAUAUGCGUCUGCUGAGCGCCGAAAUGAUUCACCGUUUGCGUAUUGACGGUAUCGAGAACGUGCCGGGGAUCGCUGAAACGGAAUGGGUCACCCCGUACAGCCCGAACGGUAUUAUGGUGCCGAAGUACACACUCCUCCGCCAGCUGGUUUCGAACGUGCCGGGGCGCAUCGAUUUCGAUACUUUCCUCACCCCGGGAGAAAUUUGCGACCUGCAUCGAAUGCUGAGUAGCUCCGUGGAGCCAUAUCAGCGGGAUGACGAGCGCAGGACCUGCCCGGUAACGUUGACAAGCAGCGAUGGUAAUCCACAGGCCCCUUGGAUAACGCAGAAUAAAGCUCAGAAAUCAAACUCUAAUAGAACCACCUUUGCGCGCCCUCUCUCUCGUUGCCCACUGGAACGUGGAACCGUCCUCACCGCUGACCACGGCACGAUUGCCCCGGGUGUCGUCAUUAUGUCCAUUGCCGCCGGCAUGCAGCCGCAGAACGUGCUCAUUAGUGAGUUUAUCACGGCCUACCGGAAGAAAACUCCGUACGAAAAUCUUGAAACCAUGGAAACGGCUGACACGCGCAAACAGCUUGAGAAACUGUUCGCCUCGCUGGAAUCGAUCGAUAACAUGUACGCGGCCGGAUUGGCUGGCGAUCUGGCCGAAGUGUGCCUGUACCAAGGUCCGGCACUCUUGACACAGGUAAAUGUCGGGCUGGCCGGCAGCUGGAAUGAUAGCUACUUUCCACGCGCCCGCUACCUGGAUGAAAAUCACGCCGGACGCUGGGAGAUGACGGACAGCGAGAUCCUGUCCGGGAUCGAUGGAUUUUAUCUAGCCCAACAGACGCCACAAUUGGUGAAGCGUUUGCGUCGCUUGCGGCUAUCGCAGGUACUGGAUAUGUUCUACAGCGAACGGGGUAUUCCGGUGGCGUCAAUUGAAAAUGUUUCUCACCGGCGUCGGCUGGGCGGUGGCCAUGGUACGAUACCAUCGAAAGGUGGUUGGCCAGCUGCGCAAAACGCACUUCGGGCGGAGCUGGACGAUGAACGUGAACACGCCGGGAAGACACAGUUCAGUGCGAAGGCGGCAGGGAACAGCAGGUUCCGCCACGUGUUCGAUGACGAAGGUGAAAGUACGCUGGAACAAGGACAAAGGCAGACGAUUGACGUGACUCGGGCGUGCCAACGGAAGGACAUCGUGCGGUCGAUAGAGCGGGAUAAAUUGAAGCAGGAAACAUACAAGCUUGUGGAAGUCCUCCAGUACGCCACGGGCAGUGUGGUCGUCGAAGAAACGCUAAUGAGACGGAUCUGCGAUGCUACCGUUGAUAGAUUCUUCGAGCGGACCAGUCAACUGCUAAACACCAUUUCCAGUUGUCCGGUUGGCGUCGAUCCCACCAAAUCCACCAUCAAACCUAACGUUGAUCUAACGGUCGUUUUGGAUGGUUCACGAGACGAAUAUCGUAGCUUACAGCUUAUUUCGUUUCUAGUCGAGCUGAUCGAAGUUUCCCACUACGGUUCAUCGAUUUCCAUCAUAAACGGAGCCACAGGUGAAUACAUGGUCAACAAAACGAACAGCAUGUCGGAGGUGUUUGAGCGACUUCAAACUUCCCUUGGAUCCUUUCCGCCGCAGCUUUCACUUUCCAGAAGCUUUGCUUCCAUCGUUACAACGCUCUCACGACAAAUGGAUGCGGAAAGAUCGUUGUUCCUGGUGGGAUCGAACACUCCCGUCGUUCUGGUCUUCUCACAGUCCCACCGUAUAGCUCAGGCCGAUUUCGAGAGCGCACGCCGAAUGCUGCGUGGAUCGUUUCAACAGUUUCCUGACCUAUACUUUGCGUUCGUUACAAACGAUGCUGCUUCGAUCCGUCAGUUGGUUGACUUUAGUGAUACUAUUCACAGUCGAACCGCGGAAGAACACUAUCACAUCAUCGAUUCAUCGCAAACGGCUAUCGAAAGCUUUGCAAAAGAUCUUGGAACGCUCGUGCAGGGUGUUCCCCAGCGUUUGAUGGCACCGCACUGUCAUACGGCCAGCAAUCGCGAUACAUGGCGCAGCGAUCUUAUACGCGAGGAGUACGAACAGUAUCUUUCGCCCGGUGUGGAGCUGCGGUACCGACUGGGACAGCUCUUCCUGCGCAACAGCCAGGACGUUCGGAUGCAGUUCAUGAACACGGACUAUGGAGAGUUCACCGUGUGCGAAGGACGCGACCAUCGGAGCACCCCAACGAACUGCCAGACAACGGGGCCGGAUCAGCAAAGCCUCUGGUUCAACAACAGCCAUCCGUGCAAUGGUGUGGACGAUCAUGCCUGCCGCUCGCUCUACUAUUCCGUCCGCAUGGAAAGCUCGAAUAUGAUGUGCAACGAAAACGAUUGCCGAUACCCGGACCAGGUACGCUUCGUCAUCCGCCAUGAGGGUCUUCGAUGUCUGAAUGAUGGUAGUGGGGCAACCAGGUCCCUUCCAGUACGAUUUGCUUGGCUUGUACUGGUGAUGUGUAUUUUAUUUCGUAUAAUUGUUAACAAUUGA